AUCCAGCGGAUACGUCAUUGGCCAUAGUUCCGACAAUAUCAUGUUAAUGACACUUUAGCUUACGAAUCGUUAACGAACGUCAUUAUCAUUGUGUGCACUUCGUUACGCAUUAUUCGACAAACUUAAAAGCGAGAACUUGCUAUAAACGCUUUUGUUCUAAGAAGGUGUCGAUACGUCGCGUAUCGGACUCGCAAUAUGUACGGGAAAUUCGCAAUUGCGUUAUUCGUUGUUAUUUUAUUCAGAAAUUCUUCAGCGCGAAAAAGUGAAGAAAAAUGCAAGGAAUAUGCCGAUCUGGUUUACGAAACUGAGAACUCACCGACUUUGCGUAUCAACGCUGGUUCGAAUAAAGUAUCUCGCUGCGCGAUUAUUGAAACGCCUCUUAUCAUUGGCGGAGUGCAGGCAAAACCCGCGGAAUUUCCGCAUAUGGCGGUGAUCGGGUAUGGCAAGAGCGAGGUGUCCUGGCAAUGUGGAGGAAGCAUCAUUUCUGAGCAUUUUAUUCUGUCAGCGGCUCACUGUUUGGAAUCUCCUGACAAGGGUCCUGCGACCAAAGUACGCGUCGGCUUGAUUAAUUUAUCAACUCCAGACGACGUUAUGCAAGAGAGGAACAUCGUGGAUAGAAUUAAGCAUCCGGAUUACACACCUUCGGUUAAGUAUCACGAUAUAGCGUUACUUAAACUUGAUCGACCGCUAGAGUUAAGUCCUCGAGUGCGACCCGCGUGUCUCGAAGUAAGCUCGCAGAUACCAGGCAAAAGUGCUAUCGCUUCUGGAUUUGGGAAAACUUCUUACGAAGCUAAUAUCGGUAGCAACGAAUUAAUGAAGGUGCAGCUGAAUUACAUAUCUGAAGACGAUUGUAAAAAGAGUUACGCUGAGGAUAUUGGCACACGUCGAUUGCCUGACGGUUUGAUACAGGGUUUACUUUGUGCCGGCAUAAUGGAAGGCGGUAAAGACACUUGUCAGGGCGACAGCGGUGGUCCAUUGCAAAGGGUUCUCGCACAACCUUAUUGCAUGUAUAGUGUCGUGGGUGUGACAAGUUUCGGAAAAUUUUGCGCUUUUAAAUCUUCUCCCGCGAUGUACACCAGAGUUAGUUUUUACCUCGACUGGAUCGAGAGUACUGUUUGGCCAUAA